AUGACAGGGAUCGCAUCGCGGCGGCGAUUCGCACGGGAGCACGGCCAACGGCUCACGCCGCCAGCACGUAUUCUACCAUCGCGUGGCGCCCGUAUGCGGACUGUCGAGGACCAGCCGCCUCCGCCGAUGGAAACGUUGCCGACGCCACUGCGACGUCACCCACCGCCGACCCCGACAGGGUCUACGCCUGGGGUCAGACCAACUGCGGUGAACUGGUCCCUGGGUACGUCAGGGCAACCGAAGGCAGGUUUCUUUCCGCAGCCAGCCCAACCCCAGGUUCCUGGGCUAAACUCCUCACCCAUGCGCACCCCACCUGGAUCUACCUGUGGCGACGCGCCUCCAGCGAAGCCCCCGUUGCGAGACGCAACACGCGGAAAGACCGCCCGCCGAUGUUGUUACCACAGGCAAGCGGAAGAGGGAGAUGAUCGAGGACUACCCAGAGGUGUCCGACGAGCUCUGAGUACGCGCCGGCUAUGUCGGCAAACACCGCCGUGCCAGAGCAGCGUGUGGGUCCUCGCUGUCGUCUCUGUACACGUGCCCAUCAGCGCGGUGAUCGCUGCCUGA